GUGACGUAGGUUUGGAAACAAACACGUUCCUGCCGUUCUGCCCUCAGUGAGAAGAUGUUGCUCCUUCCGACUGGAGACCAUUCGAAGACCACAGCGGAACGUAAACCGCCCCGUCGAAGCACUCGAUCUAUGCGACGAUGCAGAAGGCUGCAGGCUUUUUGUGAAUCAGAAUUCGCCAUUCUUUGAAUGUCUGCAUUUCAUUCAUGGCCACCAAGAAGAAGCGUAAGGAGAUGGUGUUUCAAAAGGAAUGUACUAAUGGCUAUAGAAAAGCCUCAAAGCCUCCUCUUCCUGCUCCUUCCUUGGUUCUCCUUAAACCUGGGAAGGCCGAAGAAGGAGAUGGAACUAUUGUCACGGACAAAGUGGAAGACUGCAUAAAGAUGCCCUCGACAGGCGAGUCCCCCCCCACUACAGCGGCCCUGGAGAAUCUGCCUGCCAUGAUCAGCUGCCACGGCGUGAGUGUCACCCUGGACAACAACGUCAUGUGGAACAAGUUCUUCAGGUGCCAGACGGAGAUGAUCCUCACUAAAGAUGGCAGCCGGAUGUUUCCCUACUGCCGCUUUCGCAUCUCAGGCCUGGAUGCGUCUCAGAAGUACUCUCUGUUGGUGGACAUUCAGCCCCUGGACAGCAGCCGGUACGAAUGGACUGGACACCAAUGGCAGGUCGCUGGAAAGGCAUCACGCCAUUUGAAGAGUCAGGCAUUCUCUCACCCUGAUUCACCGUCCACAGGGCAGCACUGGAUGGAGCAGCCGGUGUCUUUUUAUAAACUCAAGCUCACCAACGUGAUCCCCGGCCCGGGAAACCUUGUCCUGCAUCCACAGCAUCGCUACAUACCUCGUUUACUUGUCGUCCCUUUUUCUGCCAACGGCAAGAAGGACCUCAAGCUCAAUGGACCUCGGGUUGCUACUUUCACUUUUCCACAGACUGAGUUUUUUGCAGUCACUGCUUACCAGAACACACGGUUUACACAAUUGAAGGUAAACUAUAACCCAUUUGCUAAAGGGCUUAAAGAUGAACGAUCAAGCUUCCUGGCCCUGAAGCCCAAAUCAGUUGCUAGCAAAGACUUGAACAAUGAGCCAGACCCGUCCAAUAAUCAAACUCCUCUUGUGAAGAAGAGUUUAAAGUGUUUGCUGGCAAACCAUAAGCCUAGAAGCUCCCCAGUAGCAGACCACCAGCAUUCAGAUACCUUGAUACCUGCAGCUACCAGCUCCACUGAAGAACUGUCUAGUCAGGCAAAGCCCUCUCGGAAGUUGUUUUCUGAACUGAUCCGAGAGGCCCACGUCUCCCUGCGAAGAUGCAAUUUGGACAAAAUGGUCACCAGUAUGCAAUCUACGUGCAAAGUAAAGGUACCUGAGUUUGAGCGCCCGGUUCCGACAGUUUGCCCUGCAGUCGAUGAAAAGUCAACAACGGCUGCUUGUCCUGACCCUAAAUCCCCAAUAAAGCCGGUUAUGUCUUCAUUGGACAGCGAGAGUAACUCUGAACCUCAACCAGAAGUAAAUGCGAGGCCACACAAGCGACCGGCGCUUGUUCCUCUUCCAGCUCUCGCCCGCUUCCUGUCAAAACAUCAGUCGAAACACAAGAAUGUGGGGACCAGACAAGAGUCCUUAAAUAAACCACCCCCUGAGGCAACACCUCCCUCUAAAACGGCACCUUGUGAACGGUCCACUGUUGGUUCCCAACCUCGGUCAACCCUGCAUCACCCGGAACCAACACAAGAGGGUCAAGUAUUGGCUCCUCAAAUUGUGGUUCCUAAACCUAAGGUACCGGAUUGUACACUUGUGUUACCAAGCAUCGAUCUGCCAUUAUCUACUUCUGAGCAAAUAGAUUUCUCCACUUCUGCCCCUGAAGGGUUGCCAACAGCCAUUGACUCAAUCCUGGCUGACAUUACAGACUCCAGUACCAUAGCUCCAUGUGUGUCGACCAAUCAACCUGCCUCCCUCCUACCAGACUCUUCCCCCAUAGGUUUUGAAUCACUGUCUCCCGUCUCCUCACCAGAACCGUUACCCCCCCUACAUGUGUCUCUCGGAUUAGAAACCUUACCGUCUCCAUCAGCCGUCGACACUACCCUGAAAUGGCACUCGCUGUUUCCCCAGCCUGACCCAUUUUUGACCUCGUAUGCACACUUUUACCCCACAACCCAUUCUCCUACACUAAGCCCCCAGCAUCAGCCCAGCCAAGAAGCACCCUCUGUAACCCCUGACCCCUUGCUGCAUGAAGAUGAAUACCAGUCCUUACCAUUCCCGGGAGAGUUGUCUCCCCUUAAUCUCCAGCUCUCGAUGUCUCCAAGCUUCUCAUCGCUGGAUGGUGGCGCCUUGUCGCCUAGCCCUUCUCUCUCCGACCUCCUGUCCUUUAUCUCCAACGACCACAACAACCUUCUCUUGGAGGCCGAAGUCGUAAGGGCGGAGCCUGUUCUGGUUCCCUGCCCGCCGCCUCCCCUCGCGGUCCCAAUACCGAGGCCGGAUCCCCUCCCUCCAGUAGAACCAGAACCGGAACCAACCACCAAGCCGAUGAAGGGUAGGAAGAAGGGUAGGAAGGAGCCGUCCGAAACGGCUCCCAGCGACUCCGACCCCGUGUACACCAAGAUGCAGCCAAGCUUGGAGGAAGUGGAGGAGCAGCUCUUCGUCUCCUUUACCUCCAAGGAAGCACUUAAGCUCCACAUUCAGGAACCACAUGACGGCCCAGGGACCCAGCCUCUCGAGAGCUCCGGAGAAGAUCCUCAACCAAAUGCACCCUCAUCAGAGGGAGAACCUCGUCCACAAAGCACACCUCCGCUAGACACGGGAGAGAUUGGGGCUACUGCAACUGGAGAACAUGCUUCUUCGGGUGAUGUGGUAAAGGAUUACAAGGGGAGCAUCGCUGCCCUUCAGAAGGUUCUCCUAUUGGAACUGAAGCUCAUGAAGAACAGACAGGUCAUCCACCCUGUGUUGCAAGAGGUCGGAUUGAAGAUGCAUUUACUGGAUGCUGCGCUCGCUAUAGACCUGCAGUACCUAGGGGUGCGUCUACCCGUCCCUCCUCAUCCUUUCUCCUUGGAAGCGCAGGCUCCAACGGCGCGGGCAGCAUCACCGCAAACAUCACCUCGUCUGAGUGUGUGCUUGGACUUUGUUUCUAGGACAGGCAAGACCUCAGACAUUACCCAAAUCAAGGGUUGGAGAGAGAAGUUCCCUCCUUCGGAGUCGUCUACAUCCUCUUCGUCCUCCAGGCCCGAAGCUGCUGUCUCGGCCGAGCAUCCCAGUAAGAACUUGUCAGCCUUCUGCAGCGACAUGCUGGAUGAGUACCUGGAGAAUGAGGGUAAGUUCCUCGACCAGCACGCCUCCAGCUUCUCCCAGGCCCCGCCCGAGCCCGUGGCCUACAAGCUCCCCGUCCAGAGCUCCAGCUACGUCCGGACCCUCGGCAGCGUCAUGAAGAAGCAGCCCCUCAGCGCGCCCACCUCCGCCCUCAUCUCCAGCUUCGUACCCCCCUCCAAGAGGCCCAGGCUGCCGCCCACCCCCACCAAGAAGCUCAGGCGAGACGGGAGGCAGAAGACCGCGGGGCUCAAACUGAAAGCGAAACCAGCGGCAGGCACUGGGGACUCGGCGCCGACCAACAGCGCUGUAGUGUCCCUCGCCCAGCCCCCGGCCCCCGCCACGUCUCAAGCCUCGCUGGCCACGCCCCCAAAAGUCCCGUCCCAGACGCAAGACAAACCCGAGGCACCCCCACCCCCAGCCAAGACCGCACCCCCUCCUGUCUCCACGCCGGCGAAUGCCCCCUCGAAGAAGACAAAGAAACUGAAGUCGUCGCUCUCCCCUCUCCUGACGCCAAAGACGCCCGCGUCGAAGGACCUCGCUUUGGGCGUUCAGAACCUGGCCCCGCUGGAGUCGGACCCUGAGCUCGGCCCGGCCGAGGACGAGUCCCCGGGCCGGCCGCCGCCGCCGCCGCCCCGAGUCCUGGUCUCCGUCACGCUGCUAAAGCAGAGGGGCCUGGAGGAGGCAGCGGUGUGGGAGGGGCGGCCCCAGACCUGCGUCACCGAGGAGAGGGCCUCCGUCGCCCUCACGUCGCUCUUCACCUCGGCGGGCUUCGUACGCGAAGACCCUACUGCUCCGAUCCAGCUGGUGAGGCGACCUACCCCAGCCUGUCACAAGGACUUCUGCCUGCUGGGCUGUGUCUGCUCCAGCCUGGCCCAAUCCCGGCUCAUCACCCACUGCGGCAAAAUGGAUUGCAUGCUGGGUUGCAGCUGUCUGAGGCAGAAGGUGGUCCUGCUGAAGAACCUGGACGGGUCAGACUCCGGCUCCUCGGAAAUUGACCCCUCCAGGAGAAAGAGGAAGAGGAGGAUGAAGAUGGCCUAUGUUCUGAAGGAGACGGAGAGCGCGGCCCAGCCAGCCCAGCCGGUACGCACCUUGUGGAAGGGUGGAGAUGUGGACCCUGAACCCAUGUUCACCCCAGAACACCUCAUACCCCCGAAGAAACAGGUGCGACGCGGGGCUGGGAAGAAGGGGAAGACCUGUGCCCGGGUCCGAGGUUACACAGGGAGGAAGACGCUCAACCACGCCCGGAAGUUGGAAGGUGUCCAGGAAGCGGAGGAAGAACACACGCAGAUCUUGAAGAAGACGACGGCCAAAGGGACAGAUCGGAGCAAGCACCUGGUGAUCGUGGCCGAGUGCCGAUGGCCCAGUACGGAAGUUCAGAACCAGGUUCUGAAGGCUGUCUGCCAGGCCAUGGCCCAGGAGAAACUCCACACGCCAUUCCGGAUCGGCAAAUACCAUGUCAAACUCCUGAGCUUCAACAUCAGAGAAGGCAUCGUCCACUACAAGGUCCACAUAUCCGAAGGCAAAGCAGACCCCUCCAAAACCCUGCGGUCCACCACUAGACCAGGUCCCACGGGCCCGAGUAAGACAGGAGGCGAGGAGACGGAGGGAGGGGAAACUGUGCAGGACUAUCAGGAGGAGGUUCGGGGAGAGAGAGCUGUGGAGUACUGGCAGAAGGAGGUGGAGGGAGAGGAGGAUGUGGAGUACUGGCAGAGGGAGGUGGAGGGGGAGGAGACGGAGGAGGACGCUCAGAAGGAGGUGGAGGAAGAGGAGGCUCUGGAGCCCUGGCAGAAGGAGGUGGAGGAAGAGGAAGCUGAGGAGGACCCUCAGAAGGAGGUGGAGGAAGAGGAGGCUCUGGAGCCCUGGCAGAAGGAGAUGGAGGAAGAGGAAGCUGAGGAGGACCCUCAGAAGGAGGUGGAGGAAGAGGAAGCUGAGGAGGACCCUCAGAAGGAGGUGGAGGAAGAGGAAGCUGAGGAGGACCCUCAGAAGGAGGUGGAGGAAGAGGAAGCUGAGGAGGACCCUCAGAAGGAGGUGGAGGAAGAGGAGGCUCUGGAGCCCUGGCAGAAGGAGGUGGAGGAAGAGGAAGCUGAGGAGGACCCUCAGAAGGAGGUGGAGGAAGAGGAGGCUCUGGAGCCCUGGCAGAAGGAGGUGGAGGAAGAGGAAGCUGAGGAGGACCCUCAGAAGGAGAUGGAGACGGACAAAGAGGACCUGAAGGAGGUUAAAAAAAGGAUGAUGAAGAUGGCUCUGCCCUUCCUCUCUGGACUCUCCCACGCAGGCUUCCUCUCAGCCAACCUGAAGGCGGCGGGGGGAGGCAGCCUACUGGUGCAGGUCAACGGAAAGCCCUACCCCAACGCUAUGGUCCAGCUGGGCCGCAUGGGAGCCUUGCACCCGGCCAACCGGCUGGCAGCCUACCUCACCGGGCGGGUGUGCCCCACCCAGCCCCCAGCACCCCCCGCCUCCAGCACGGCUACCACCCCUCCAGCCUCCGACCUGCAGAGUCCGCGGGUCGGGACCACAGGACCGGGCCCCUCCUCUCAGAGGACAGGCGGGCGGAUGUUCCGGUUGGUUCCGCUGAGCCAGCUCAGGAAUCCGAAGGGCCGUGACGGGACUCCCGGGAACAACGAGGACCGCAAAAGCAUCUUCAUCACCGCGACCGGAUCCAGGAAGGUGAUUCAGGUGCUCUCUGUGAAGCCCGCCCCGUCAGCGGGAACCUGCAGGUUUCGGCUUGUCUCGGCCGGCGACCGCAGCAACGCGUCGCUCAGUCUCCCCCUGCCCAAGCUUCCCCCGCUCACACCUGCUGGUUCCAGUGGAACCGACCAGAGCGUCAGAGCUGCUGGUUCCAGUGGAACCGACCAGAGCGUCAGAGCUGCUGGUUCCAGUGGAACCGACCAGAACGUCAGAGCUGCUGGUUCCAGUGGAACCGACCAGAACGUCAGAGCUGCUGGUUCCAGUGGAACCAACCAGAACGUCAGAGCUACUGGUUCCAGUGGAACCGACCAGAACGUCAGAGCUGCUGGUUCCAGUGGAACCGACCAGAACGUCAGAGCUGCUGGUUCUAGUGGAACAAACCAGAACGUCAGAGCUGCUGGUUCCUGUGGAACCAACCAGAACGUCAGAGCUGCUGGUUCUAGUGGAACUGACCAGAACGGCGACAUCCGACGGAUCGCUUAUAGCGGAACGGACCUGAACAUCAUCUGUGUGGACAACGAGUCCGAUGUCCUGACGAAUGAAGGGCAUGUGGGCGUGGCUAGGAUAUCCUCCAGGGCCUCGUCGGCCGUUGUGCAGAGGGCAGAGCAUGACGUGGUGGUUUUGUCGUCCAGUGAUCUGAGCGAUUCGUCCUUGGACAGCAAGCGGGAGGACGGGCCUGGCGACGGCGCUAGGCGAGACAGGCGUAACAGCCGUUUCAGGCUCUUGGAGGCGGAAUGCAGAAAGGCCAUCGAUGUGGGGGUAGCCAGACGGCAGAAGGAGAUGGGGCUCGGAGAAAAGACUCCCAAAGUCACAACCAUCAAGCAGGCCCGUGAGGAGUUGCUGGAGCUGAGGAGCUCGGAGGGCAAGCUGGCGCGACUCAAUGUCGCGGCCUCACCGAGGAGGCAGCGAGGGGAACGCAUCAGGGCUCUGGCCCUCAGGACAGGGAGGUCAGAGGCGUCCGUCUCCAGAGAACUGCUGCUGCUGUCCAAUGGGAACGCGCAACCUGGACGGACAGGAAGUGAUCCGCCGUCGGCUCCCGAGGUCGUGGCUCGGAUGGAAGAGACGGACUCCGAUGAGGAGAACCUUCCCUCAGACACGCGCGACUACAUCGGCAGCAGCGUCCGUGGUGACGGCAAGGUCGACAUUGAGGCAUUGGCGGAUGACGUAUCAAAUACCGUGGAUGACAAGAAGUGUCUGGUCACGGCCUUCAAGUCUCUACGCUCUGAACUCAACUGUAUGACCGCAACCAAAACGGAACUCCUGGCCUCGGCCUGCAGCGUGAUCUGUGAUCUGAAGGACGAGGAGAAGCUCUGUGAGAAGGUUAUGGUGGCCCUGAGACACCAGCGAGCCCGCCUCAUCAACACCAUCUCUGUUAGAUCUGGGAGGUCAACCAGGAAGAUCCUGGAGAAGCUUCAGAGCAUCACAGCCAAGCAGCGGCAGCUGGAGGUGAGGCGACCCAGAUUCCUUCCAGCAGAGACCGCCACGCCGCUGGACCUCUCGUCCACCACCAGACCACGGAGCCAGCUCCCAGCUCCACCCUGUGCUGCACAGCUGGAUCCGCCGCCCCCCCCUCCUACAGCCAGGUCCCCCCACAGUGCUACCAGGCUGAAGACCGUGCCCAACAUCCUGACCCGAAGGAAGCCGCCCUCUCCGCCUUUGUCCCCCUCGCCGUCCCCUCCCGUCGGGUGGAGCGAGAGUAGAGAAGCUCCGGCCUUCCACACCUCCAUGAUGCCAGCCGGCCUUGUUUCCUUCCUGUGUCCGUUACCAGGGCAACAGGUCCUCACACUGAAGCACAUGGCGUAUGAACCGGGAGCCCCGCCUCCAAACCCAGGUGUGGCUUCAGUCAGCCUAGAUAUCGCUUACCCAGCCAAUGAAAACAUACCUCCCCCCUGCGUGUCCCGCCCCUCCAGCAGCAAUGGUCCUUUCACCACCCUCUUGUACCUGGUGCCCUCAAACACAGCCCUGCAACAACUACAGGGGCCGGCAGUCGAGGAACCUGGGUCCCUACCCCAGCCCCAGACCCUCCAGGCUGGGUCCCUACCCCACCCCCAGACCCUCUUCUCUGCUGGGUCUCAACCCCACCAGACCCUCUUCUCUGCUGGGGCACCACCACCACCCCACCAGACCUUCCCUGCUGGAUCGAUACCCCACCCCCAGACCCUCCCCUCUGGGGUGCCUGUGGCCAAACUUGAAGAGUGUGGGCCCAGGCCCCCGGGCCCCGUCCUGCCCGCGGCCGCCCCCCCCUCGGAGACCCGGCCCGCACUGCUGAUCCCGGACGGGGGUAAGGCCCUCUUCCCUCCCCUGAACCAGCUCUCCUUCCUCAAAGCAAACAUUGGCUCGCCGGCAGACCGGACCGCGCUCUCGUUUGUGCCCGGACACCCGUUCUCAUCCCUGGGCCGUGAGCCCCACAAAGACGGACCCCUCGGACCCUCCCUGUCCACUGAGGACCUGACGGAGGCCACGCAGGUCGACACUCACCUGGAGAAUGCAGCUGGCCCGGAGCCCAACGGUUGCCACGCACUACACUACCCACAAUGCAGUUCAACGAGUGGUACGCUGACACUGCCCCCGCUGCUGCAGAUGAAUGUGGGCGGAGCCAAAGUGAGCGAGUCCACCAAUAAGAGAGCAGUGGGUGCGUGGAAGCCUAUGCCCCGCCUCGCUGCUAUGGGGGUGAAGGGGGGGACCCCCCAUCUGACCUCUGCCCCCUGAUCUUGUGUCCGAUCUUACCCCGGAGGACACAGAUGUCUGGUCUGUCCCCUGCCGUGGUACACUCCCUGCUAGGCUAGCGCUCCCUGCUAGGCUAACGCUCCCUGCUAGGCUAACGCUCCCGGCUAGGCUAGCGCCCCCGGCUAGGCUAGCGCUCCCGGCUAGGCUAGCGCUCCCUGCUAGGCUAGCGCUCCCUGCUAGGCUAGCGCUCCCGGCUAGGCUAGCGCUCCCGGCUAGGCUAGCGCUCCCUGCUAGGCUAGCGCUCCCUGCUAGGCUAGCGCUCCCGGCUAGGCUAACGCUCCCUGCUAGGCUAACACUCCCAGCUAGCACAAGUCGCUAGUGUUCUUAUCCAAUCCGACUGGACAGAAAAGCCGGUUUUCCUUAUUUAUCGCGAUGUGUCCCACAUUUGAGGGGAGAUAAACGUUGCCAUGACGACAGGGUACCGACGGGACCAACGGCUGAGUGAGUUUAGGAGGGAUGUCUGAGGUUUCCAGGGGCAACGGAGACUGAGUGCCUUCUUACAAGCCAAAGUGUGUGUGUGUGUGUGAGAGACACUAAGCUGUAGAACUUGGUUUCUUCACGUUGAUCCGCUACACUGGCGCGUUCUGACAGCGGUUCCACUUAACGGAACGGUUCAACGGUGGAGAACUCUGGUUCUACGGCCGUUUCAGACCCACUGACGGAUCUCUCCUCAAAGGAGGCCUUCUGAACCACGAAGCCCUCUGUCCUCAAGUCCUCCGGUCAACCUUCUGACCUCUGGCUGAGCGAUGUGGCAACACCUCGCUAGCCCCUACCCACAUGCCACGCCCCUUUACACAGACCCCGCCCCCAGGGAGGGUCAACCAGGAAGUGAGGAACCAUGAGUAAGAGUGGAGUCCUUUAGCCUGUGAACCUUUACCAUAUAUAUAUUUAUGUAUAUGUUUACUUUGUAUAUUCUGUACAGUUUUCCCACGUUUUGGGAUUUCCUUUGUUGUGCAUUUGAGGAACAUCUUGUAUUUUUGUACCGAUGUUGAUGUUAAUAUGUAAGUAUGUUUGUGGUAAACUAAACCUUGCACUAAUAUUAAUCCAAUAAACAACGUUUAUAAAUAUC